GCCUGAAACUUCUCUGUAGCAAAACCCUCGGAGUUCCAACUGAUCAAGAGAAGGAGACGAUGAGAGGCUGGCAAGGGCUUGGCGUGGUGGACACCAUCUACGAAGAAGAAGAAGAAGAAGACGAAGACGAAGACGAAGACGACGAGAGCUUCAAUUCCCUCUCCUUCACGCCUUGUGCAAGUUUGAGUCUCACGCCUUCACCUGAUCCAUCCCUAGAGAGGAGUGUGAAAGAAUGGACGCAGGCGACCGGAGUGAAGCCCGAUGUUGUCGUCCAAGUUAACGGCGACUUGUUCCAUCUUCACAGGGAGCCGUUAGUAUCGCACAGCGGUUACUUUGAGCGGCACUUGGCGGCGAGCAGCGCGGUCGCCGUCUCCCCGCCCUCCAGCAUGACCGCGGAGACGUUCGCCGGAGUGGCCGGCUUCUGCUACGGCUGCCGCGUGGCGCUGUCGCAGACCAACCUAGCGGCUGUCUGGGUCGCGGCGGAGUGGCUGCAGAUGGGAGGCAACGACACGGGGCUCGUCGCGCAGGCGGAGAGCUACUUCCACCGGGAGGUGGUCACUUCCGGCGAGGAUCCUGCUGCGACGGUGCUCCGCUCCUGCGCGGCGUUCCAGCUGUCGCCGGAGGCGGAGGCAGCGGCGGCUGCGGAGGUCGCCGCUUCGUGCGUGGAGGCGCUGGCGGCGUCGGGCGGCGGCGGCGACGGGAGAUGGACGGAGGAUUUGGCGGCGCUGUCGGUCGAGCAGUUCAGGCGGCUCGCGGCUGCGAUACGGGUGCGGCAUAUGCUCGACCACGAUUUGCUCUACCGUAUAGUUAACCAUUAUCUCAUUGGUCAUGAUGGCGAGCUGACGGAGGAGGAGAAGGUCCGGAUCUGCUCCAAUAUCAAUUGCAUGAAUCUUUCGCCGGGCGUGCUUGUUCACUUGGUCCAGAACCCGUGCCUCCCCGUCCGCUUCGUCGUCCAGGCCAUGCUCGUGGAGCAACUCCACACCCGGCGCCUCAUCCUCGACCGCGCUGCCGUGGCUUGCCUCGGGGACCGCGGCGCCGGUGAGGACGACGACAUAGGAGACGCGGUGGAGCGUGUGCAGCCGCCGCCCACUCUGGGGGCGAUCCUGCAGCGCGACGCGGCGCGCCGGCACGCGUCGCAAAUCCGCGCAGCGGCGGAGGCCACUAGCCUCCGCAUCGAGAGCCUGGAGCGCGACCUCAGCGGCCUCAGGCAGAGGCUACGGUGGUCGGAGGAGAAGCGAGCGGAUAUGGAGUCCGUCCGGUCGUCCAGCUUCCGCAUCGUUCGCGGCGCUGAGGCGGACGAGGAACUGGUGUUGACGGCGGGCAAGGGGAGCGCCCCGAGGAGCGGCGGGCUUGGGCGGAGGUUGAUGCGGGGGCUAAGGCAGCUGUUCCAGAAGACGCCGGAAGCGGGCGGCCAGGAGUCAAGCGCCAGAAGCGCAGGCCGUGACGUGGAGGUGGCGGGCAAGGUGCGGCGCGGCCACCGAAGAAAUAACUCCUUUAGUUGAUUUUCUUGCGCUGUUUUUCUCUUGCGUGAUAACAAUAUUUUCAAAAUUUUAAAAGGAAAGGCAUAACAAUAUUUUCGGGGUUAAUGUCAAAAUGUAUC